AGCCGAAUCUGAAGGUUGUCCUGUCCUGUCGUUUUUGGUGGCUUUGGUUUGCGUGCAGAGACGUAUAUCCAACGUAGCGGAUUCCGCUUAUCAGGACCGCCACACGCGUUCAGUUCGACUGCAGACAUCGGCGGGAACAGUCGUGAGGCGCGUGUCGUUUUGAGUGUCGUUCGAGAAUUCUGCGUUACAGCAAAUUGUAUAUUAAGUGCAUAUAAAAACGUGCAAAUAUUUCCACAAGCAUUUAAUAUCCACUAAAGUUUUUAUCCAAUAAAAACUGUUUGGAUGUGUGAAAUUAACAAAUAAUAAGGAAAAGAGACCGAAAAAAAGCUACAGAUAGAGAAGGAGACAGAGAGAGAGGUGUGUGGCAAAAGGAAAACUGUGCAAGUGAAGUGUGAAACGAAGGGAAUUGCGCCAAAGCAAACGCAUCUCCAACUGAUUGGGGAAUUGGAAAAGAGGCCAAAACCGAAACCCAAACACAAACCAAAGUCAAGGAUCAAGUGGAGUCGCCCGGCGGCCGAUGAUGGGCCAGAACAAAGGAGCUACAGGAACGCAAGCCAGCUGCGGCCUGUUGAUGCGGUUGUUGUCCCUGGUGCUGGUGCUGAUGCUGCUCCUCCUGCAUCUCGUGGGUGAGGCACAGGCCACGCCGUCGCCUUCCUCCAUGCAGACGCCACAGAAGCGAGGUGGCAGCGGCAGUGGUGGUGGUGGCGGCGGUGGAGGCGGCGGUGGUGGAGGAGGAAGCUCCUCGGACAUAUCCAAGGAUCACUGCAACAAGACGGUGGACAUAUUCGAGGACAUCAGCUCGCCGGAGGUCAGCAAUCAGAAUGUGGGUCGACCGCUGACCUGCUGGUAUCGUUUCCGCACCCUCAAGGGGGCGCCGCGAGACUUUGUGCUGCGUUUGCGGUUCAAGAAGUUCAAAGUGGGACAACUGCUGAAUGCGACCCACUGCGAGGGCGGCUAUUUGCAGAUUGUUGACGGCAAUGCCAAGACGGAUGUCUCCAAUCGCCGGGAGCCGGGCAUGUUCUGCGGCGAGGCCGAGCAGCCCCAGACAUUCAUCAGCGAGACGAGCUACGUGAAAGUACUCUUUCACACUGACAACUUUACGGAUCAGACCUACUUCACAUUCGAUUCACGCGCGGAGCAGCAAACCGAAGUCUAUCUGCGAUAUGGCCAGCAUCCGGAGUUAUAUCCAAAUCGUCGCGGUGAAGUGGUUCAAGGAUCCUAUUGCGAACGCGAAUAUCGGGAUUGCCGCCUGCAGACCUGCUAUGUCCAAUCGCCGGCUUAUCCUGGCCUGUAUCCUCGCGCACUGAACUGUCGCUAUAAGCUGCACACCCGUCAGCCCUACAUAAAAUUGUAUCUACAAAAUGAACAAUUCGCUGUGGAUGGUCAGAGAUGCGAGAACGUCAUGACCUGCCCGAUCAGGCCAAUUGGAUCAGGCAAUGAGCACUGCCCCUUCGACUGGCUGGCUGUCUACGAUGGACGUGACGAGCACUCGCCGCUAAUUGGCAAAUUCUGUGGACUCGGAAAGUUUCCGUUCAGCAUUAUUGGUACAUCACAGUACAUGUAUGUGGAGUUUGUAACAUCGCCGGCGGGGCCGCUGCUGAAUACGGGCUUCCAUUUCAAUGUUGGCAACUGGCCAGGCCACGUGGAGACGGCCGGCAUCAAGCAUGGGGUAUGCGACUGGCUGCUAAGCUCCGACUCGCUAAAGGACAGCAGCGCCAGCGAGGGCAUCUUCUUGAGCAUUGCCCACUGGUAUCCGCCGAAUACGUCCUGCAGCUAUCACAUCAAAGGACAUGUCGGCGAAAUUGUGCGCCUCUAUUUCCCCAGCUUCCGCAUCAAUCGUAUUGAGUCGCCGAUCCUGAAGUACGAGGGAGACUGCGGUGAAUCGCUGACAAUCUACGAUUCGGACCACGCCGACCCAGCGCGGAUUAUCAAGACCUUCUGCGACACCUUCUCGCGGCCCAUGGAGAAGGUGGACUUUGUCAGCACCAGCCCCUCGCUGUACGUGCAGUUCGACUCGAAGACGGGCAGCUAUAGCGGCAGCUCACUGUACUACUGGGCCCACUACGAUUUCUUCAACAACACACGCUUCGGCGAUCCCGUGCCGAACACCCUCUGCGACGAGGUGAUGUACGCCUGGAAGCAUCCGGGCGGACGCCUUCGGUCGCCCCUCAAUUCGCUGAUCUUCAAGCGAACGGGCGGCAGCGAUGUGCGUUGCCAGUACAAGUUCGUGACGGACAAGAGGCUGUACGCACGGGCCAUUAUCGAGGUGAAUUCGGUGUCCUUCAAGGAGCUGCCGUACAACAGCAACGCGUGCACCAGGUGCCACGAGGAGCGGGUGGACAAGCUGGUCAUCUGGGAGGAGCGGGACAAGUAUCAGAACAACCUCGCCUGCUUCUGCGACAACAUUCCCCGGGCGGUGCGCGUCAUCUCGUCGGCGGACCAAAUGAAUCUCGAGAUGAUCGUCCAGGGCCAGCACGCCAUCACCUCCUACUUCAAGAAUCCCAAUCCGCUCUUCGAGGCCACGUACGAGUUCGCCCACGGCCCGCUGUGCGGUCCCAUUACCCUGGGACCUUCGCCGGACGGCGAGCUGGUUUUCCCCUACAAGAAGGCCCUCGCAAUGGUGGCCGGACCGAUGGCUCCGCCCGAGCACCACUACCGCCGCGAGAAGUGCAUCUGGGAGCUGAAGGUGGCCGCCCAACGGGACCUGUGGCUCAACCUGGAGAAGGCGCGCUUCGCCGACCGCAGCUGCGAGAGCGCCAAGAUCGAGGUGUAUCUGGCUGGGCGCCUGGAGCCGCGCUUCGUUGUCUGUCCGGAGAACAUAUCGAUGGCCAGGGAUCUGCCCAUCCUGACCACGGCCGAGCUGGGGGCCACCGGGGCCGACCAGGAGCCACUGCCCGUGCUCAUUCAGUACACGGGCGACGGGCAGCCGGGACGAAACAUUUUCCGCCUGGUCUGGAGCGAGCUCUUCCACCUGCCGCGCAAUCCCGACGGCAGUCUGGCCGCCUCCCUCCUACAGGACGCCGACUGUGACUUCCGCUGCCCCGGCGACACAGAGGUCUGCAUACCCCGCCACCUGCUCUGCAACGGGGUGGCCAACUGUCCCAACGUGACGCACGCCUCGACGCUCGACCAACUGACGCGUCACAUCGAGUGGAACCUCGAGCAGCUCGGCCUCCUCCACCACGCCGGCGAGUACCGCCAGCUGGUCCUGCACGACGAGUCGCCAGAGAUCUGUCUGCGGCGGGACCUCAGCGAGUUGCCCUACGGGAAGCUCUCCCUCAUCGCCCUGGGCCUGUGCCUGAUGUUUGCCCUGCUCUUCGCCAUCUUGCGGCGAAUGUGUCGGGGGCCGCCCAAGCAGCCGGGCUUGCAUCAAUUGCAUGAGGAUUACUAAAUGGAAUUCUGACAGGCAUUUCAGAGUUGAUACUUUCCGGGAGAUUGGGUAUAAAAUUUGUAGGAAUUAAAAAACGGAUGGUAGGACUCUGCAACAACAUUUUGAGGGAGUUCACAUUCAUCCAGGUACACACACAGUUUUUUCUUUAAAUUUUUUUCUAAAUUUGUGGGUUCCAUCAAAAAUAUCUUGGGGUACCAUUAUCACUUUGAAGUUGUUGUGUUAGCUCUAGGUGCGUUUUAUUUAAGCAAAUAUCAAAGUUUAAGAUUUAAUUUCCUAAGAAAGCACACAGAAAAGAAAUCACUUGCGGAAACAAACCAUCGCCCAAAGGUACAUCCAUGGCACACUGCCAAAAACUCCCACAAAAAUCUGCCAAUCGUUUCCCUUCUCUGAUAAAUUAAAAAUUAAAUGAGGCUCAAAAACCCAUGCCCCAAAUCCAAAAACUAUAUGUAAGUAGUUCUGACCGGUCGAGUCUAUAACUUUGCCUCUACGUGACAUCUAAUGAAUAUUAAUUGAAAAUCAUUGUACGAUAAAAAAAGAAGCGAAAAAAAUUCCCUUCAAACAUAUAAAUGUUUAAAAAACAAAACAAAAACACAAUGUAACAAAAAAAUAUGAAAACUGCUCUGAAUAAAUUAAUUAAAACAUGACAAAUUGUCACGUGAUAAUUGUUAAAUGAGGAAUGUUGAAAGAAACAAAAAAAAAACCAAAUAAGUAAAUACUUUUGAAAAGGCAUAAAGAAACUAGAGUUUAAUUAAGGCAGACAGGUAAAAUGGCAAAACCAUGAACAAAAGCCAACAGAAACAAACAUACAAAAAAUGUAAUUCAACGUAUUAAUAACAAGUGUUGGUGGAUUUUAUUAGCUAUUAUAUCAUGAAUUAUAAUACGAGAAUCCAUUGUAUUAUUAUUGGCAAAUUGUCAAACAAAAACCACAAGGAAAUGCCAUGAGUAUAUGGUCAUACAUAUAUGUACAUAUAUACAUACAUAUAUGAAUAUGUAUUUAAUGUACGAUAUACGAUAUAGGGUAUAUUUUUUGCACAUAGAUUUACCUAGAACAUAAUUGAAUGAAGUACUUCCCCCCACCCCACACACCUUUCCAGCUUGAACAACAGUGUGGAGAUCAUGUGUAUAUGUAAUUGCAAACAUUUUGUGAGGAAAUUUGGUGAAAUAUUGUAUUUCCUUGUGAACCCCCAGAAAUAAUGGAAAAUUGUAAAUUGAUACGUGGAAAUGAUUUUAGUAUUUAAGUCGGUUUAAAAUGGAAUCACAAGGGCAUUGCUGUCAUGUUCCAUAUUGAAUUCCAUUACUCCCAACCAAACAAAUCAUCUAAAAUCUGCACCUUAGAGGUACAGUUAACCCCGUGACAUUGCAACUUUGUAGCAAUGCCCAAGGAAGAUGAGAAGAAGCAAAAGAGAGAAUGGAUGUGCCCCACAAAUAAUAAAAAGAACACAAACAACAACAGUAAAAAAAAACAGAUAUUAGGACACAUAUUUUAGUGUACAUCAGAAUUAAAUGUAUAAAUAAAACAAUAAAUGCAAAAAUAAAUAAAUUGACA